AGACGCUUACGUACUUGCCAACCUUGUCAAUCGCACGUCAUUUCAUAGCUGUUGGGAAACCCCGGCACAAUGCUGUUGCUAUUCGAGACAGCCGCUGGCUAUGCGCUUUUCAAAGUCCUUAAGGAAAAGAGGUUAGAAGAAGCGGAAGACCUUGCGGCGGACUUUCAGACGUUGGAUCAAGCCCAAAAGAUUGUGAAGCUGAAGGCAUUCAGCAAAUUCGAGAACACUACCGAGGCGCUUGCUGCUGCUACUGCUCUUGUUGAUAGUAAACUUGGCAAGGGACUGAAAAAGUUUCUCAAGAAGAAUGUAAAUGAGGAUGAGACGCUGGCGGUGCUGGAUAAAAAGCUUGGUGGCAUCGUCCAGGAAAAACUUGGCCUCAACGUGCUGUGGAGCAACCAAGUUUUGGAGCUAAGCCGCGGGAUCCGGAACCAGCUGACCGGCCUCAUCAGUGGCCUUGCGGGAGCGGACUUGCGGCCCAUGUCACUGGGCCUCAGCCACAGCUUGUCCCGCUAUAAGCUGAAGUUUAGCCCAGAGAAGGUUGAUACCAUGAUCGUGCAAGCCAUCGGCCUACUUGAUGACCUGGACAAGGAGUUGAACACCUACGCCAUGCGCGUACGCGAGUGGUAUGGCUGGCACUUCCCCGAGAUGACCAAAAUUGUCACCGAUAACAUCCAGUAUGCAAAAGCGGUGGUGUUCAUGGGCACGCGAGACCAAGUGCAGGGGUUGGACUUUUCGGGUAUCCUGGAGGAGGACGUGGAGGGGCAGCUCAAGGCCGCGGCGCAGGUGUCGAUGGGGACGGACAUCAGCGAGUCGGACCUGGACAACAUCAAGGACCUGGCCAACCAGGUGAUUGCGCUGUCCGAGUACCGUGGCCAGCUCUUCGAGUACCUCCGCAACCGGAUGAGCGCAAUUGCACCCAACCUGACGGUGCUCGUCGGCGAGCUCGUGGGCGCUCGCCUGAUUGCGCACGCGGGCAGUCUUAUCAACCUCGCCAAGCAGCCCGCCAGCACGGUGCAGAUUCUUGGUGCGGAAAAGGCGCUCUUCCGCGCCCUGAAGACCAAGCACGAGACUCCUAAGUAUGGGCUAAUUUAUCACGCGUCGUUGAUUGGACAGUCUGCGCCGAAGUAUAAGGGAAAGAUAAGCCGUGUGCUGGCAGCGAAGUGUGCCUUAGCGAUCAGGGUAGAUGCGCUGGGCGACACCAACGAUGCAACCGUGGGCGUGGAGGCGCGGCAAAAGGUCGAGGCGCGACUGCGUCAGCUUGAGGGCAAGCUUCUUGGCAGUGAGGCGGGUACGUCGAAGGGCAAGGAGCAGCCCGCGAAGUAUGAUAAAUCCCGACAAGGGGCCACACCAACGAUGGCAACGCAGCCGAAGGCUUACAACCCGGAUUCCGAUGUCAUCAACGGGACCCCAGCAGAAAAGAAGGAGAAAAAGGAGAAGAAGAAGAAGGCGGAGGAGGAGGCUCCGGCACCCGAGGAUGAGCAGCCGAAAAAGAAGAAGAAGGCAGCUGCACUGGAGUCCCCGGCUGUUGCUGAGGAACAACCAAAGAAAAAGAAGGCCAAGGUUGCGGAUGGGGAAGCGAACGGCCAGGAGGAGGAGAAGAAGGCGAAGAAGGAGAAGGAGGGAAAGAAGAAGAAGAAAACCGAGGAGUGAGCUGCCCCUGCUCUCCUUGGAUGCUGGAUUGGCAUAGGGCUACUGGGAUGUACGAUCGAGGGGAACAUGCACAUUGCAUAUUAGCAUAGCAUUGUUGCUGGCGGAGCAACGCAACAGGCGCUUGUGAAACCGCCGCUACAGGUCUUAGCGAAUUGGUGGUUGGGAACUUCUACGCGGCGUCGGGUAACAGCUGAGUUCAAUGGAACCGUAUUAGGCGUGUGCCAUGAACGGACACUGCUUGGGCCCUGGAUAACGGGCGGUAUCAUGUUUGAUCAGCUGGCAGGGCUUUGCUGGCUACCAGGGUACAAACUUGUUGGACAAAGCUGGUGGGUGAUGCAAGCUAAACCGAACAAGGAAAUGCAGCUCAGGUCAACGUGGGCCAGGCAUGCGGCGUCACAGACAACCGUAGAUUCAUGCAAAGGUUUCGUACUGUGCUUCGUUGCAGUCCUCGGGUUGGGGGGUAGCGAGGGCAUGACUGGCCACUCGCAUGACCUUGCGGGCGGUGAGGGGCGACCGAACGGGAAUUUUCAAGUGUUACCACAGUCUUUGGAAGCGGUACGGUUGUGGCCUGCCUGUUUGGUGAAGUUGGGUAAUGGAGUGGCUGCGGAAACACCGUGUCGGUGCAUGAGCCCAUCUAGGAUAGGGCGUCUGCAGCGCUCCAGGCUCUGGAUCCGCACACGUUUACCAGGACAAUCGCAAUGCCCUUUGCGCCAGUCCUGGAUGCGCUCUGCGGAUGGAAGAUGAUGCAGGUUGCUUCACUGUAACUACAGCAGGUGUU